AUGCUAAAUUUUAUACUCCUGCAAAAUAGGCAGGGAAAGACAAGAUUUUCCAAAUGGUACAUUAACUGCAAUGAAACCAAGAAAAAGAAAAUAGAGAGAGACAUAAAUAAAAUUCUAAUUAACAGAAGUAGGUCGUACUCAAACAUUUUUGUGUACGAGAAUUUUAAAGUUGUCUAUAGGUUAUAUGCAGGCCUCUACUUCGUCGUGUGCAUAGAAAAUGAGAACGAGUUAUACAUUUUGGAGUUCAUCCACUUUAUGGCACAACUCCUAGACACCUUUUUUACAAACGUUUGUGAGCUCGACUUACUCUUUAAUUUUCAUUUUUUAUACUACUUUUUUGAUAACAUAAUCCUAGGGGGAUAUAUAUACGAAGUAAACAAAAACAUUAUUCUUGACAAGAUAAGCAAAAUUAAGAAGCUCAUAUAA